UUCAGUUGUCACAUAUACUUCUUCUGUUAUGGCUGUCUUUAUGUUUGUUGUAUCAAUUUGUAUGUCAAUUAUCAAUUAACCCUUGUUAAUAAUGGCCUGGUGAUUAUUAAAAAGCAGAGCUUGGUGUGACUACUAUCGAUGUACAGUAUAGUGUAUGCGUGAAUAAUGGCUGCUGGCGGCGAAGAUCUGUGGCGCGAGUGCGCGUCCUGGCUCACAAGAUGUGGCUUAUUACGGCCCGAUCAUAAGUCAAAUUGGGACUCGAGUUCCAUACACGACCUGGCAUACACUCUACGAGAUGGUGUGCUUCUCUGUAAUCUGCUAAACGUGCUGCAUCCAGGAUGUGUCGAUAUGAAAGAUGUCAAUCAGCGCCCACAGAUGGCCCAGUUCCUUUGCAUGCGAAAUAUAAAAGUAUUUUUACGAACAUGCCAUGAAGUAUUUGAACUCAGAGAGACAGAUCUGUUCGACCCGUCUAUGUUAUUCGACUUGUCCAACUUUCAUAGAGUGUUGUGUACACUUGCGAAGCUCAGUCAGUGCCCAAAGGCAAUAGCGAGAAAUGUUCAACCAUUUUCUGCUAGAAGGACACAAUCUGAAGAGGAUAUUUACAGAGAUCUACAGGCCGUCGCAAACCAAGCGACGGAUUUACCGCCUCCCUACGAAGUGGUAUCGUACGAAGAGCACGCGAACGCUAUGGAGGUACCGUGGAUACAGUUCACGAUACCGAGCGUCACGUGCGAGGACCGAGUGGAGGAGAUAUACGAGGACCUCUGCUAUGUCAAGUUCACCUCCGACAUGCCUGAGCUAGCGACGUCGUCGCACAGCCUAGAAAAGAGGGACUAUGUUAUUAGAGAACUGGUCGACACGGAGUGCAAUUACGUGGACGUGCUUAGUAAAAUAAUUAAAUACUUCCUGAGGCCGCUGACGCCUUAUUUGAAACCUCAGGAUAUGCAAGUCAUAUUUUUUGGUGUCAAGGAUUUACACGAUAUUCACUCUGGAUUGUUGAGACAAUUGCGACUCGCGACCGAGAACUGCGUGCCGGGGAACGGUGCUCCGAGACUGGCAGACGUAUUCUUAGCGUGGAGGGAGAGGUUGCUUCUGUACGGAGACUACUGCUCCAAUCUCACUAAUGCCCAGGACACGCUCAAGACGCUCGACGCGAGAGACUCCACGUUCAGCAAGCAACUCGCAAAAUGUCAAAAGGAGCACAGCGACGGUCGCAUUCAGCUGCGAGACAUCCUCUCUGUGCCGAUGCAGAGAGUGCUCAAGUACCACCUGCUCCUGGACAAACUCGUGCAUGAAACACAACCGAACCAUGAAGAGUUUCGGGGAUUGGAGCGCGCGAAAGAGGCGAUGGUAGACGUGGCGCAGUACAUCAACGAGGUGAAGCGGGACAGCGAGGUACUGGCGCUACUGGCUAAGGUUCAGGAGAGCAUAAUAGACUGGGAGGCGGGCGCGCUGGGCGCGGGGGGCGCGGGGCUGGCGGCGUACGGCCGGCUGCUGCUGGACGGGGAGCUCAAGGUCAAGGCGCACGAGGACCAGAAGCUGCGCUCGCGAUACGUCUUCGUGUUCGACAAGCUCAUGCUGCUCUGCAAGCCCGUCAAGGUGAUCUACCCGACCGACAACCAGUACUCGUACCGCACGGGCAUCCGGCUGGCGGAGUACCGCGUGGAGGAGGGCGGCGGGCGGCGCGCGCUGCGCGGGGACGCGCGCUGGACGGCGCACUUCUACCUCGUGCGCCGCUCCAAGGACUCCACCUUCACGCUGUACGCGCGCACCGACGACUGCCGCCGGAAGUGGCUCAAGGCCAUCAAGGACGCCAUAGAUAACUUGGAGCCCCCCGGGUGCCGAAGCACGAACCACAAAUUCGUCUUGCACACGUUCCAGAAGCCCGCAACGUGUCACCACUGCUCCAAAUUUCUCAAGGGCAGAAUAUUCCAGGGCUACCUGUGCUCGGUGUGCAACGCGUGCGCGCACAAGGACUGCAUCGCGCUGUCGGGGCACUGCAGGGGCGGGCUGGCGCCGGCGCCGCCGCUGCCGCCGCACGCGCAUCAGCCCGACACCGCGCUGCACUACUACAUGUGGUACGUGGGCGAGAUGGGGCGCGAGACGGCGCGCGCGCGGCUGGAGCGGCGCGUGGACGGCACGUUCCUGCUGCGCGUGCGCCCGCGCGCCGUGCAGAGCCUGCCGCCGCCCUCGCACAACGACACGCACUACGCGCUCUCGCUCAAAACGGACAACACCGUGAAGCACAUGCGCGUGUGCCGCAAGCCCAUCGACCAGGUGCCGCACUACUUCCUCUCCGAGUCGCGGUUCUUCCGCAGCAUCGUGGAACUGAUCUCCUACUACGAGAAGACCAGCUUAUCUGAGAAUUUUGUCGGGUUAAACUCCAAUCUACGCUGGCCAUUCCGGCGAGUGGUGGCAACGGUCAUACAUGAUUUUCGUCCGCUGGAGGCAUCGCAAUUGGCGCUGCGUCCCGGAGCCAAGGUGCUCGUGCUCAGCAAAGAGGGGGACAGCCGCGGGUGGUGGAAGGGACGCACGCUCGACAAGGGUGACAACAGAUCCGGCUACUUCCCCAAGGAGUGCGUGCGCGAGGACCCCGAGUGCAUCGGCGCGCUGGACUGAUGUCAGCUGUGCGUCGCCGAGCGCGAGCGCGCCGCGCCCUCCGCGCCGCCCGCGCCCUGCGACCUGGACGAGCACGACCACGGCGACCUCGUGUGAGGCGCCUUCGACGUGGUGGCAGGGAGACGAGCGAGAUUCCGGCGUGACCGCUAUAUCACUGAGCCGAUAAUUUUCAGUAAUUUCAAAUCAUUCGUUACGUUUCAGGUGAAAAUAUUUUUCGCAAGAAACUACAAAUUACGUCUGCGACUACCUUUGUAAUGACGGCAUGUAUACGUAGAGGCGUAUAUUAAUUUAUUGUGUAAAUUGAUUUGAUAACUUAGACUCAAUCAUAUAAUAUAUUGAAAUUGAACCUUAAAGUGAAGUGCAAAUCUGUUUUGAUGAUAAAAUUUACGAAGUAUGAAAUGAACAAAACGAUGUAUGGAAUAAGUGUUACUUGUUGUGCUAAUAUGAUAAAAUGCUUUAAAUACUCGUGCUUUACAAUAUAGAAUUCUAUGUCGAAUGUACAAGGGACGAUUGUCCUUUAAUUUAUAAAGAAAUCUAUUUAAUAUUGCAUGUGCAAUAUAAGAAAUUUUAUGUAUGAAUCGCACGGUGGGAUUUUAGUGUGUAUGAAAUAUAUCUUAGCAAGGUGAUUGCUAUGAAAUGUUGUUGUUGAUGUUCUAGAACCGAGUCAAAUGUAUAUUUAUUUUUGUGAACUAUGUAAGUUAUUUUUUCAAGUCAUAGAUAAUACUUAGAUAGAUAUAAAAAAUGUUACAAUCAUAUCCUAUCAAUGCAAUUUCAAUGCACAUUUAAUUGCUUAUAAAUAAAUGGUAUGGAAACUUCUUCCUUAUUGUAGUUAAAUGUUAAAUUCGGAGUACUACGGAAUUGUAUGUCUACCAUAUUUUUACUAUAAAAUAACUGAAGUAUAAUAUUUGAUGUAUUAGAAAAUAUACAAAGCGAGUUUACUUGAUACGCAUAGUUUACGUCAUAGCGAUAUAAUACUACUUGUUAUAUGAUAAAAUCGUAUAGAAAUUGAAUAUGUGUAUAGCAAGAUAUGCACAAAUAAAUAGACUGUCUUAAUAUCUCAAGCAGUAAUCAAAUCGCUUAUUGGCAAGUAAGUGAUGCUAGGCACAAAAUGAAUUGUAACUAAACAAUUUAAUAUUGAGAAUAAGUGUAAGGAGUAAUUAUGUCAUUAAAAACCAUAUAAUUUUCUUUGGGAACUGUCAGAAAUUGGUAUUAAUCCGCGAACAACAUUUAUCAUUUAUUACUAUUGCAACUGACUAGUUAGUAAAUAAUAAAAAUGCGUUUACGCACAAUCUAAUCUAAAUAAGUAAACGAAACUAUUCAUAGUUAAAUAUUUCGAUACUGAAUUCUUAGUAUACAAGCUAAUGACAGAGUUAAUAGAGGUUUCCAAAGUGCCGCACAAAAACAUUUGAUCUAAAAUCACUAAGAUUGAUUGGUUUAUAGCUCUCUUCUAGGCCUUUUAUAUUUUUUUAAAUGACAUCUAAUUCAACUAUAUUCGAUGUUAGCAUUUUUUUAGUUUCUAUUUGUUACUUAAAGUUAAUUCGUUCCGUGCUCAAAAUUAUAUCUGACAUGUCGAACAAGAGAUAACUGCCAUUUUCUUUAUAAAACUUUUUUGUACAUGAGCUAAUUGAUUUAGUAUAAUACAUAAUAAUUUUGGUUGGAAUGGUACCGAUAAUGUUUUAAUUAAAUUAUUAUGAAGUGAGAAUGUGUGCCAAACUAAAAAGUGAAACAUACAUUUAAUUACAGAUUCAAUUAUAUAAUUAUAUUUAUAUUCAUUAAAAACUAAAUUUAACUGCAAUCAUUAUAUAAUUCCUAUUUAUUUUAAACUGUUAUUGAAAAAUAUAUAUUUUUUACUUUACGAUAUUCUAGAUGUCGCCCAUUACAGUAUUUUAGCUAUACAUUCCAAGACAAUUAAAAACUAAAUAUAACAUAAUAUUAAUUGAAAUAAAUAUUUACUGAUAAUAUUCAUCUUCUUAAUUGGUGUAUCUGUCUUUAUAUUGAUGAGUUUAAUUAUGUUACACAAUCUAUAUGAACAAA